AUGUGGUCGAACCGCCGCCGGAAGCGCAACGCGGAGCUCGCCGCGGUCGCGGCCGCGGUCGCGGCGUCGAAGAAGAAGACCGCGGGCGUCGGCCUGCCGUUCGCGCUGGAUCUCGUCAGCGCGGUCGUCGCGGCCGCGGGGACGCUCCGCGCGAUACGCGACGACGCCGGCGCGGGCGCGCGCGUGCGCGCGUUCGUCAAGAGGAAGACGUCCUCGAAGAAGAAGAAGAAGAAGGAGGAGGAGGAGGAGGAGGAGGAGGCGAAGGACGCGAGCGGGCUCGAGACGAUCGUGCUCCGCGCGCGAGGCAUCGAGCUGCACGUCUCCCCGUUCGGGGCGACGGUCACGAGGCUCCUCGUCCCGGACAAGCGCGGACGCGCGGACGACGUCGUGCUCGGGUACGACGCGCUCGCGCGGUACGACGCGAGCGAAGACCGGCCGUACUUCGGCGCCGUCGUCGGGCGGUGCGCGAACCGCAUCGCCGACGCGUCCUUCUCCGUCGACGGCGCGACGUUCGACGCGCUGAAAAAAAACAACGGGAACAACUGCCUGCACGGCGGCGGCGUCGGGUUCGACCGAAAGUGGUGGACCGUCGACGCGCUGCUCCCCGCGGACGUCGAGGCCGGGCUCGGGAUGGGCGUGCGCAUGUCGUACGUCUCGCGAGACGGCGAGGAGGGCUUCCCGGGGACGGCGACCGUCUCGGCGACGUAUCGCGUCGUCGACGGCGGCGAGUGGCGCACCGAGUUUCGCGCGACGACGACCAAACCCACGCCGAUGAACCUCGCGCAGCACUCGUACUUCAACCUCCGCGGGCACGACGCCGGCGUCAGCGUGGACGAGCACGAGGUGCGGAUACGCGCGAGCGGGUACACGCCCGUGGACCCGGAGACGAUGAUACCGCUCGGGUCGGUCGCGCCGACGACGGGCGCGUUCGACCUCCGCGACUGGACCGCGAUCGGGGCGCGGCCGCCGCCGGGGGGGUACGACCACAACUUCGCGCUCGACGGGUACGCGCAGGUGAACGGUCGCUCCGCGUUGUUCCUCGCCGCGGAGGUGCGCGAGAGGGUCACCGGGCGACGGAUGGAGGUGUGGUGCGACCAGCCCGGCGUGCAGUUCUACGCGGGGAAUUUCGUGGACGCGAGGGGGACGGGGAAGGGCGGGGCGACGUACGGCAAACGCGGGGGGCUGUGCCUGGAGACGCAGCACUUCCCAGACGCGGUGAACCAGCCGAACUUUCGGACGUGCGUGUUGCGGCCGGGGGAGACGUACUCGCAUUCCAUGACGCACAAGUUUUUCGCCGAGUGA